AUGCAACCGGACCGAGCGCCCGUUCCCGUAGACAGUGAGCCAGAUAAAAAUUUUAUUUAUGAAUUAAAGUCACAACACCAUGAUGAUGAUAAAAGUAGCAGUAGCGAGAAUCAAGACUAUCUUAUUGAUAAUAUUAACCAACGACCAUUUAAUUCAUUUAUCUCAAGUAACAAUUAUGAAGAUGAUGAAUAUCAAAGAUCUGAACGUGCAGCUGCAUUUCUAAGAUUUGGACGGCCAAGUUCGUCAUUUCUACGAUUUGGUAGGUCAAAUCCGUCAUUUUUGAGAUUCGGGCGAUCUAACCCUUCAUUUUUACGUUUUGGCCGCGUACCAGCCGAUAAACGAACAUAUCAAUCCUCAUUUUUACGUUUUGGUUAA